CGGGACAACCGGAUCGAGCUGGUCCAGGCCACGACUGCGGAGCUGACCAUCAGCCUGAGUGACGUCACGCUGACUGACGAGGGCAUGUACACGUGCUCCCUGUUCACCAUGCCCGUGCGGACUGCUAAGGCCUUCCUCACCGUGCUGGGGGUGCCAGAGAAGCCAGAGAUUGACGGCUUCGUAAAGCCGGCCCUAGAAGGAGACAAGAUCACGCUGACCUGCAUCACCCAGGGCAGCAAGCCUGCAGCUGACCUGCGUUGGUUCAGGAAUGAGAAGGAGAUCAAGGGGGCUAAGGAGGUGAACGCCAGCGGGAAGACCUUCACGGUGCGCAGCUCCUUGCAGCUGGAGGUGAACCGCGACGACGACGGCGUGGCGUACACCUGCAAGGUGGACCACGUGGCCCUGUCCCACGCCCCCCAGCAGGCCACCGAGGUGCUGGAGGUCCACUACGCCCCUCAUGUGGAGAUAAUCUCCUCCCUCAGCAUCCCUCAGGAGACCCAGUUCCUCAAGCUGGAGUGUAUGUCCAAAGGCAACCCCUCGCCAGACCCCGUGACGUGGUUCAAAGAUGGCGCCGAGCUCCCGGACUUGGAAAGGAUUCUCGUGGAGGGCCGGGAGCUCACCAUCUCCUCCCUGAACAAGACGGACAACGGCACGUACCGCUGCGAGGCCAGAAACCACCUGGGGGUCAGCAAGGACGAAUACGUGCUCUACGUCUACGACGCCCCCACCACCCCGCCUCCACCCACCACCUCACCCCCCCCACCCACUCCUCCAGUCUCCAGUGCCCUCCGACCCCACGCUUCAGACCCCACGGUCACUGACACAGAUCCCAAUGCACUGGGGCAGCACGGUACUGACCACGCCCUGAUCGGAGGCGUUGUGGCCGUGGUGGUGUUUGUCACAUUGUGUUUGAUUAUUGUUCUGGGAAGAUACCUGGCCAGACAUAAAGGAACGUACCUGACCAAUGAGGCCAAGGGGGCGGACGACGCGCCAGACGCAGACACGGCCAUCAUCAACGCCGAGGGAAACCACGCGCACACAGAGGAGAAGAAGGAGUACUUCAUUUAGA